AUGGAGGGAAUGAACCAUGGAGGGCAUGGGCACGGGCAUGGCUAUGGGCAUGGGCAUGGAGGACCCCGACCGUCGCAGCCAUCUGCGCUGGCCUUCCCAGGGAUCGACAUCGACUCGCAUAUGAUGUCCGACGACUUCACCUUUGGCUCGCGCUUUAGCCCGACCAACUCCACCUCCAACUCCAACGCCCAGGACGGGAUGCUUUCAGAUGCCAUCUUCCCGGAGUGGAAGACCGGUGUCCCGCGGGGUGGCGACAACCCCGAAGAGAUGCAGAAGAACGAUCCCUUGGCGGCUCAGAUCUGGAAAUUGUACACUCGGACGAAAUCCCAGCUACCCAACCAGGAGCGCAUGGAGAAUCUGACAUGGCGCAUGAUGGCCAUGAGUCUAAAACGCAAGGAACGAGAACAGGCUCGGAUAUCGCAAGCCCAGAAAGACACCACUAGUCCCAACUCGAGUGGCAUCGCGCAGCUGCGUCUAUCGGAACAGACCAAGCCUACUUCGCCGGACAACCACGCUGACAUGAACAUGGAUGCGACGCCUGACCCGAUGAACAUUGAUGAUUUUAUCGUGCCCUUUGAUUCCCCCGCAGAAUAUGCUUCACAUCCCGCUGCCGACCGACAAUUCAAUGCGACCCCCACGGCUUCAAUUCCCAUUAAGGCGCGCAAAGAUCAUCCCGUGAACGACUCGUCUGCGGCCGCAUCCUUCCCCCAUCCGCCACCGGAUCAGCGCAAGAACAGCGAGUUCGGCUAUGUCACCCGUCGAGUGCGCAAGACCAGUGUCGACGAACGCCAGUUCUUUGCCGGCCUGGCCGUACCGACUCGCAAGCGCCCAGCCGAUUCAUCGCCCCAGGUGCCGCCCGUGUCGAACACAAUGCUGGCACAGCACUCCGAGUUAUCCUCGACGCUUCCAGACUACUCUUUGGACCACCCACCCACAGCCUUUGCUAUGCCUGGGAAUGGCACGAUAGGCGGACGUCGUCCUCAGCAUCACCACACCUCCAGCAUUCCCUUCAGCUUAGACACUUUUGGAGUGGGCGAGGACCAUGGCAUUCACUCGGCCGGGCCAUAUCAGCAGCACUUUACUUUCUCCCCCUCCGAGUCCCCAAUGACUUCCGGCAAUCCAUUCACCAACCUGUAUGCGCAGACCCCGUUGGCAUCAUCCCUCAACUCGACGGAGUUCUUCUCUCCACCACCCUCGGGGUACCAGUCAACCGUGUCCACUCCCCAGCCCAUUUACGAAGGAGAGCAGUCCAUGUUCUUCAAUGAUGUGCCGUCUACCGAAUCCCAAGCUCAACGCCGCAUUCCCACCUAUAUCCAGCAACGAACAUCUAACCUAUCGGCGUCACUCCAGCCGCACCACAUGUAUAACACGACCAACGGCGAGUUUUCGGCCCCGACUGCUGUUACAGGUGCGCCUGCAACCAUGCACCAAUCCGGCUUUUCCGUUGCACCGCCCCAGCAUGUGGAUCCCACGCAGGUUCUAGGUUCCGGCGAGUUUCCCUCGGCUGCCCCGACCAACAGCAUGUUCACGUUUGGUGGUGACUCAGAUAAUGAAGAUGACGAAGGCACCCCGUAUGAUCGUGGAGGCAUCACGAUGCCGAAUGACUUCCCCUCCAUGGACGACGGUGACAUGAAUGCCGGUCUGACCUGGGAUUCUGGGUUCGCUGGGUCGGUCCAGUCACUGCCCGGCUUCAACGGCCCGCACCGCAAACAUGUCACGAUCGGAUCUGUUGAUAUGAUGGACGGUCCUUCUGAUUGGCAGCAUGCUGGCAGCUUGGGUCGUGGACUCGGCUCGGCCGCCUCUGUUAGCGACGUGCGCAACCGAGAGCAGGAUCCCCGGCGCCAAAAGAUUGCUCGCACCGCCUCCACCCCGAAUGCUCCAGCCUUACUGCGACAGAGCAUGAACGGAAUCACCAGUGGGCCGCCCACCAGCCAUCCUUCCCCUAGCACCCCUCCUGAGUCUGGCCUAAGCAGCGCAGUGCCAUCACGUCCCGGCAGUCCUGGCGGAUCCAAAAUGGGUGACCCCAACGCCGGCCCGACAACCUGUACCAACUGCUUCACCCAGACCACUCCCCUGUGGCGCCGCAACCCCGAGGGUCAGCCGCUAUGCAAUGCCUGUGGUCUGUUCUUGAAGCUUCACGGAGUCGUUCGUCCCCUGUCGCUGAAAACCGAUGUCAUCAAGAAGCGCAACCGCAGCAGCGCCAACAGUCUGGCUGUUGGCACUUCCCGGUCGUCCAAAAAGUCAUCUCGCAAGAACUCCAUGCAGCAGGCGCCUUCCGGUCUACUUCCCUCUCGCACGCCAAAUGGCAACUCUUCCGAGUCACCUCCUGCCAUUGCCGGGUCUAGCAUGAUGGGCAAACCGGGCGUGAUCCCCAUUGCUGCCGCGCCCCCCAAGGCUGGUCCCCCUGCCGGCGUGGCCUCGGCUCGUGCUGGAGUGCAAGUGGCUCCAAGACGCCAGCGUCGCUUGGAAAAGGCUCCAACUGGAUCAGAUCCCGACCCAGAAGACAGCCCCAGGACCAACACGUCCGCUGGUCGGUCCAAGGUGGUGCCCCUGGCUCCCGCCAUGCUACCCGCAGCCGCCAACCCAGCCAACCACAGUAUUGCAGGUGGUCAGGGUGCAAGCCAAGAGUGGGAAUGGCUGACUAUGAGUCUUUAG